AUGGCCACCUGGACCUCCCUCCAUUCUGGGCCUGGGGAGGGCAGCCUGGAUCCCAGGGGGCCCCUCCUGGCUGUGGCCCAGAUUCCCCCGCUGGACGAGGAGGGACUGGAGGCGGCAGAGGGAGGGGACGAGGGCCCCGGGCAGGAGGGCCCCUCGGGUAGGAGAGAGAAGAAGAAGAAGAAGAAGUACCACCGUCACCCCAAGCCCCCCUACACCUAUCUGGCUAUGAUCGCCUUGGUCAUCCAGGCCUCCCCGGAACGGAGGCUCACCUUGUCCCAGAUCAUCAAGGAGAUCAGCAACCUCUUCCCUUUCUUCAAAGAAGGCUACCAGGGCUGGAAGGACUCCAUCAGGCACAACCUCUCGGCCAACGACUGCUUCCAGAAGAUCUUGAAAGACCCCGCCAAGCCCAAGGCCAAAGGAAACUUCUGGACCGUCGACGUGGACCUCAUCCCCCCGGAAGCCCUGAAGCUGCAGAACACAGCGGUCUCCCGCCAAGAGGAGAGAACCUUCGCGGUGGACCUGGCUCCAUUCGUCUACCAUGGCUGGGCUUUCCAAGCCCCCCAGCCUCCCCUCAAUGGGGCUGACCCGGAGGCGAGUGGGCUCCCAAGCAGCGAAGGGGGCCGCCAGAGCAGCCCCUUCAGCAUCGAUGCCUUGCUCCAUGACUUCCAGGGGGUGGGUCUCUCAGGGAAAGCAAGGGCCGAGAGCCCCACAGCAGCCUCCAAAGUCUGGGGCACCGUCCCCAUCUUCCGGGUCUCCUCGGGCGCCCCCCUCCUCCCCUGGCAGGCCCCAGGCCCUCUGCCCAUGCUCCGCUCCUUCUCGUCCUCCAGCAGCCCUGCCUCCCUCAGCUCCUUAUCCCCCAACGAAGAGCCCAAAAUGGCGGCUGGCGCCCCAAUUUUGGCCAAGCGCCCCAGAAUCCUCCAGCUGCCCCCCAAGACCAGCGAUUCUGACUCCAGGGAGGGCACUCCACCCCCCGCUGCCCCAUUCUGGGAGCAGCUCCCUACUUCCUACACCCCCUGUCUGGCUCCCAAUGUGGUGGUGGCGGCACCUCAAAGCCACGGGCUGGCCUUCCCCCACAACCCAGCCUUCCCCGCUUACGGCCCCAUGCCUUUCCCACACCCAGCCUACUGGGAGCUGAUGCCCCGGUCCUCCCUGAGCCCAGGCUCCUCCUCCAGGGUGGACUUGGGCCUAGAAGAAGCCAUGCCUCCCAACAAGACCGUCUUUGACGUCUGGAUGAGCCAUCCCAUGGACAUCGUCCACCCGGCCUUUCCCCAGAGAAGCCCUUCCCCCCAGAGCUCAGUCGUGACCCACUACAACCCCUCCUGA